AUGUUCUCCAUCUCCGUGUCGCCCGUCUCCGUGGGCUCCAACAUCUUCUUCGCCUUCGCCCUCUGCUCCAUUUCGGCUCUAGUGCUGCUUCUAUUGCGCCGCUUCCUCACUAUCCGUGCAACCCCGGCCUAUUUGCUGGUCCCUAUUUUCCUGGCCCUCGCGCUCCCCGCGAGUGUCGUCCUCCUCGUCCCGAUCGAUCUCGCAUCCAGCGCGCGCAAUGGCACCGGUCCCAAGGCAAUCUGGUUACCCGACCGGGUGGUCCUGGUGUGCUGGCGAAUCGCCUACUGGCUCAUCUUCAUGCUGACCUGGGCCAUCCUUCCUCUGCUCGGCGACUAUGUUGACUCCGGAUACCGUGAACCCAAAGCACGAAUCAUUUAUUCCCUCCGCUGUAAUGCUCGAUAUCAAUUGAUCGUUCUCUCCUGCGCCUUGGUCGGACUCAUCUAUAUCUCCAUCUCUAUUGGGUUUGAUCCCACCUCGAUCAAGGGUACCGUCAUGGCCUUGGCCUACGUCUGGGGUCUUGUCCUCGCCAUUUAUCUGAUGGGUCACGGCUUGGUAUCCAUCCCUCGCAAUCUAUUCCGCAAUGCGAAUGUGAGCGGUCGCCUCAAGCGCAUCCAAGCGCAUGCUCCCAAAGUGCAUGACCGCUUGAUGGAUGCCGUCAACGAACUAGAAAGCCUGAACUCGCAAGUCGCUCAACUCCAGCAGCGCAAGACCGGAACUGCGCGCGACUUCCAGGAAUGGAUCGAAGACCUGUCCGAAACAUCCGGCUCCGGCUCUGGUGACGUGCGGGUCCCUAUUCUUGAGACCCCGGAGACAUCUGGCUCUAUUCCCUCGGUCAUUACGGAGCGCUAUCUGGCCGACUUGACUAGACGCUUGCAACGUGCUCGCCAUAUGAAGGCGCGGUUCGUGGAUGAAUGGGAUCGCGUGGUGACGCUGGCUGCUGACCUCCAAGCCAUCAUCAAUUCAGCAGCGUCGAAGAAGCUGGAGUUUGGCACUGGCCCCCGCCGCUCAUCUUGGCUACCGAAAGUCAAGUUUUUGAAUCCCUACCUGCGCUAUCAACUAUAUUCUAAUGUCAUCCCGACACUACGCUUGAUCUUCGGUGCUGUCUUCGCGGUUGCCUCGGUUUGCAUUGUCUGGUCAGAAUUGAUCAAGUCCUUGGCCCCACAAUUCUCUGCCAUUACUUUGACCGUCGUUCCCAACUGGAAGGACGAGAAGCCUCUUGGCUUUGGGAGCCAGGUCAUCGCCUCCCUUUGGUUACUGUACAUGUGCUCUGCCGCUCUGGUCGGCGUCAACGACGUCAAGGUUUGGGGCAACAGGGCCUUGGUGCGCCGCAACACGUAUGGUGAGAGCGCGUGCUGGUACGCCAGUCUCGUGGCUCGUCUUACUGUUCCCAUCGCCUAUAACUUCUUGACUUUCCUGCCCAAGGACUUCCGUCGCACAACCACCUUCUACGAGUUCCUGGGUCGUCUCAUCAACCUGACGCACCUCGGCAAGGGAUUCGAUUACAUCUUCCCCAUCUUCAUUCUCCUCCCCAUCUGCGCCACCCUAUUCAAUCUAUACGGUCGGGUCAAGAACAUCUGUGGCUUCGGUCUAGCAGAGGACGAUGACCUGCACGACGUCGAGAACAACCCAGCCGGGUACGGCAUGGGCGGCUGGCGCGAGGGCCGCGAUCUCAUCGAGCGCGAGCUCAACGGUUUUGGCUCCCUGGCCGUUUCCUCACGCGGCGGCCGCUCAACCUGGGCUUCAGACCGCAGCGACGAUGAAUCACUCGGUUCAUCACGUCUGCGCGUCGCCACUGCUGAAGGCUCCCGGUCCCCCCGGCCAACCCAACGCCCCGUCACCGCACCUACCGUGGUCGAUGGCGAGGAAGAGGAAGAGGAGAAUUUCUUCCAAUCCUUCGCACACCGCGUCCGUAACACCUUUGACACCACCAACAAGCCGCAAUGGCUUCAGGGCGAACCCUUCCGCUUGCCUCGCUGGAUGUCGGGUGACAAUAACACAACCACCACCGAGGAAGGUGGUGUGACGCGGCUGUUUGGCGGCCGGGCCGUCCCUGGCCGACUGCGUCUGGGUUAA